UAGUAAUCAAGCAGGUUGGUAGCAAGGCUUUUCGGGAGAAGGCUCUUAGCUGCUGCGAAGUCUGAAACUUAUUCGACAACAGCAGCUGCUGCUGGUGCUACAGCAACGGCUAGAUCCGGACAUAAUCCUCUGGAGGAAUUUUUUGAGAAAGAUAGGAGCCAAGAUGAGGAUAAACCUAUUGUAUAUGGUCGAAGUUGGAAAGCUUCUGAACUGCGGUUGAAAUCUUGGGAUGAUUUAUAGAAGCUAUGGUACGUCCUUCUGAAGGAGAAAAACAUGUUGAUGACUCAACGUCAGAUGCUUCAUUCUCAAAACUUGAGAUUUCCCAAUCCCGAGCGCUUGCCCAAAGUAGGUAUCGACCCCUUAUUCUCCAUUGUUCAGUACAAGUAUGAAAUUGUACUUUUCUUUGCUGCCUUAACUAAGCAAGCUCCCGCAGUUGACGUCAGAGCUAAUAAGAUUAAGCCUAAAUUCGUUUCUCUUGUAGAUUUUGUCAUUCCUUUCCCCAUUAUUUCUCUUUUCGUUUCGACUUUUGAUAAUGCAGCUACUGGCAUUACCGAGACAAUGUUGUUCCUUUAGUUGCUUGAAUCAAUGAAACAAAAUUGCUUGGGC